CAUUCCUUACUCGUCACGUAUUUGGGGUAGACUGGGAUAGACAGUGGACAUCUCUCCACCCCUUACUGUCCUGUCCCCUCUUCACUCUGCAUCUCCAUUGGAUCUAACACUCCAGUUUCUGCUCCUGCCAAACAUUGAGCGGCACAAUGGACGUGCAUGAAAGAAAGAGAUGGGACUGCAGCGUUAUUCUGCUUACAAUGGCUGCAUGUCUGAUGUUUUCUGAUGCUCAGCAUGAAGCUGGUUUCUGUUUGAUGUAUGAAGAAUGUGGAAAGAAUCCUACCGUGUCAGGAUCUUUGCUCGAGUCAAACGUACCCUGCAAAAACCCCGGACCAGCGAGGGAAGUAGUGGGUGCACAUUAUGAACUUUUCAAGGAGGUUUGUCCCAUGCUGGACCAGGGUGAGGGCCAAACAUUUGCCUGCUGCUCUCCACAGCAGCUCAUUUCGCUGCAAAGCAGCGUGUCACUGUCCAAAGCUAUACUGCUCCGAUGUCCAUCCUGUGCUUACAAUUUUGCCCACAUUCACUGCAUCACCACCUGCAGUCCCAACCAGAGUCAGACCAUCAACAUCACCAGAACUAUCCCUGUCAAUAUUUCCGGAACAGAAAAAGACGCUGUGGUCAGCUACCAAGCCUAUGUUUCUACAACCUUCUCUGAUGCCUCCUUCAACUCCUGCAAGAAUGUGAGAAUCCCGGCAACUGGAGGGUACGCCAUUGGAACUAUGUGUGGUCGAUAUGGCUCCACGCUGUGUACUCCUCAGCGCUGGUUAGACUUCCAGGGUGACUCCAGCAAUGGUUUGGCUCCACUGGACAUCGACUUCAGACUUAUUCCACCAGAGCACAAUGCAGCGGUUCCAGAAGGUAUGGUUCCCUAUGCAGGGAUAGCUCUGGGUUGCAAUGAAACAACCCCCACUGGAGGAGAAGAGUGCUCCUGCCAGGACUGUCAAGAGUCCUGUCCUCCCGUUCCUCCACCAGGCCCUUUACCCGAACCCUUCAUGAUUGGCAAUAUGGAAGGUUUCCUCGCCAUCUCUCUCAUUCUCUUCGCCAUCUUUUGCCUCCUCUUCCUAAUUUUCAUUGUGGUCAAAUGGAUCCUCCAUCUCUGCAAGAGGAAAAAAUCCAAAAGUGGCAAGGACAAAAAUGCUAAUGAGGUACACCUCAACCAGACAGUGAAUCCCAAAGAUAUAACAUGCAAUGACCGAGUAAGUCUGGUCACUCAAAAGUACCUGGGUUCAUUUUUCCAGAGCUGGGGAAUUGUAAUGGCUAGACACCCUUUGAAGGUGAUCUUUGCGUCCCUGCUUGUUGUGGCAGCAUUUACAACUGGGCUGAUGAACAUGCAACUGACCACAGAUCCUGUUCAACUCUGGUCAGCUCCCAACAGCCGUGCCAGGCGUGAAAAGGACUUCCAUGAUGAGAAUUUUGCACCAUUCUUCCGUACUAAUCAGCUGAUCCUGACUGCUCCUGGCAGGCCUAGCUAUAUCUAUGACUCCUUGCUCUUUGGCACUACGAACUUCAGUGGCCUCAUCUCUAAGGACCUGAUCUCUCAGCUGUUGGAGCUUCAGCAGAGAAUCCAGGCUAUUGAAUUCUGGUCAGAUGAACUUAAUAAAACUGCUACCCUUAACGAUGUCUGCUAUGCUCCACUCAACCCGGGCAACCCCUCUUUGACUGACUGCGCUGUGAACAGCCUACCUCAGUACUUCCAGAACAGCAUUAAGAACUUGAAUUUAAAGGCUAACAUGACCCAGCUUGGAGUGACAAAAGAGGUUGACUGGAGGGAUCAUUUUAUCUACUGCGUAAACUCCCCAUUAUCCUUCAAAGACAUCACUGCACUCAACUUGAGCUGUAUGGCUGACUACGGAGGACCAGUCUUUCCCUUCUUGGCUGUUGGGGGAUAUGAUAAUGAAGACUACACCGCUGCUGAGGCCUUCAUCCUCACCUUUUCUCUCAAUAACUAUCCACGAGACGACCCAAAGUUUAAAGUGGUGGAACAAUGGGAAGCCAUGUUCCUGCAGAUAGUUCAGGAGUACCAGAAAGAACCCAGCACAAACUUCACAUUCGCCUAUAUGGCUGAAAGGUCUUUAGAAGAUGAAAUCAACAGAACUACAAUAGAAGACUUUCCCAUCUUUAUGAUCAGCUAUGCAGUCAUCUUUUUGUACAUUGCCGUGGCUCUGGGAGAAUAUUCGUCCUUCAAGCGUAUCCUGGUGGACUCUAAGUUUCUGGUUGGGCUGGGUGGUAUAUUGGUUGUGACCGGCUCAGUCCUGGCGUCUAUGGGUUUUUAUGGCUGGGUUGGAAUCCCUUCCUCGCUGAUCAUUGUGCAGGUGGUGCCCUUCCUCGUCCUGGCUGUUGGAGCUGACAACAUUUUCAUCUUUGUCCUGGAGUAUCAGAGAGAUGUGCGUCGGCCUGGAGAAAUAAGAGAGGAGCAGAUUGGCCGAGUUCUCGGAAGCGUGGCUCCUAGCAUGCUCCUCUGCAGCAUAUCCGAAUCCGUCUGUUUCUUUCUGGGCGCUCUCAGCAACAUGCCUGCAGUGAAGUCGUUUGCACUCUACGCUGCCCUGGCUGUCCUUAUGGACUUUGUACUGCAGAUGACGGCGUUUGUGGCUCUUUUGUCUCUCGAUGCUCGGCGGCAGGAUGGUAACCGCUGCGAGAUAGCCUGCUGUUUAAAAGUGAAGACCCAACGUCCCGCCAAACCUAAUAAGGGCUUCCUCCUCCCGUUUAUGGAGAAGUAUUAUGCACCUGUGCUGCUCCACCCUGUUUCCAGAAUAGUAGUGAUAGUGCUGUUUCUCUUCAUGUUCUGUGCUUCCAUUGACCUCAUGUUCAACGUGAAGGUGGGCUUGGAUCAGGAGCUGGCCAUGCCGACUGACUCCUAUAUGCUCACAUACUUUGAAUACUUGAACAAGUACUUUGAGGUUGGAGUGCCGACGUACUUCGUCACAACGAAAGGCUUCAACUUCUCAGAUGUGACCGGGAUGAACGCGGUGUGCUCCAGCGUGGGCUGUGACCAGUUCUCCCUCACGCAGAAGAUCCAGUACGCUACAGAAUACCCAGAAAGAUCCUACCUAGCUAUCCCAGCAUCCUCUUGGGUGGAUGAUUUCAUUGAUUGGCUGAAUCCUGGAUCGAGAUGUUGUCGGAUUUACACCUCUGGAUCCAACACGGGGCAGUUUUGCCCAGCUUCCGAGAGUACCCUCAAGUGUUUGAAGAAGUGUAUGACACUCCCAUCAAGUGGGAUCCUGCGGCCCAGUGUGGAGGAGUUCAACACAUUUCUGCCCAGUUUCCUCUCCAACCGGCCAGACUUGCAGUGUCCCAAAGGUGGUUUGGGGGCUUAUGAUACAGCUGUGGUGUGGGACAACGUCACUGGGGAAAUAUCUGCGUCUCGGUUCAUGGCCUAUCACACUCCUCUGAGAAACUCUCAAGAGUUCACAGCAGCUCUGCUGAUGGCAAGAGAACUGGCCCACAACAUCACAAUGGCCAUGAGAAUGAUUCCCGGGACAGCAGAGGACUUUGAGGUUUUCCCAUAUUCUGUGACAUACGUGUACUAUGAGCAAUACACUAGCAUUUUGUAUGAGGGUGUGGCCAACAUCUGUCUGUGUCUGGUGCCCACCUUUGUGGUGUGCUGUAUUCUGCUGGGCUUGGACCUGCGCUCAGGCUUCCUCAACCUCUUCACCAUAGUGAUGAUCACCGUGGAUACUGUGGGGGUCAUGACUCUGUGGAGCAUCGAUUACAACGCUGUGUCACUCAUCAACCUUGUGACGGCUGUGGGAAUUUCAGUGGAGUUUGUGUCUCAUACAACACGCUCCUUCGCCCUCAGCACUUUACCCACGAAGGUGGACAGAGCCAAAGAGGCCACGGCUAAGAUGGGCAGUGCAGUUUUUGCUGGUGUUGCUAUGACGAACCUACCUGGCAUCAUCGUAUUAGCGUUCGCUAAGGCUCAGCUCAUUCAGAUCUUCUUCUUCAGGCUGAAUCUGGUCAUCACGCUGCUGGGCAUGGCCCACGGCCUUAUCUUCCUGCCCGUGCUCCUCAGCUUCUUUGGUCCUCCUGUGAAUAAGGCUGUGCUUCUGGAGCUGCAGAAAACGAAAGCCAAGGAGAUGGAAUACAGCAACACAGCACAUUACGACAAUGCCAGCUUCGAAAAUAACGAGAUACCCAUCAGCGUACUGCCCGGCGCGCCAUUCACAGAAUGAAACCGUUUCCCAAAGGCCAGAAAAG